AUGUAUAUACAGUCAUGUAAAUGUACUGGUAGAGAUAUUGUAUACAAUUAAGGGACCUGUGGUGUUGAUCAAAAUGAUUAAAUCCAUCCUCAUCAACAGAUUAAUCUAUCUAAUUUGACUAGUUGUGUCUACCUCUGAUGAAGUCUUGUUCCUGUAACGUUAGCUGCAUGCUGAGAAACCAAAUGACUGAACCACAGAAUUUUCUUAACUAUCUUUGACUGAACUGUGUUCUCGCUCUACAUAAACAUUUGAUUGUCUUGCAAAUGCUGUAAUUCAUUUGCCAUUCAAGCAGUAUUAUGUUGCCCUUGAAGGAGAAAGAUAGACCAAUAGUGAAGAAGCUGCUGGAAGCAGGAUGCUGCGCCCGCUGUGUCCUGAGGUUCUGCUGCUUGGGUGUGCAGUCGGCCUACCGCCAGUCUUAUGAGGAUACAGCAAGGGAACUUUGUGCUUUCGUCAGUGAUUCAGAGAAUAACGAAUCCCAAGAUGCAGCCGUGCUGGAGCAGCACAAAGAAGACCCCCCUAGUAAAAAAAUGAAGAUGGAUGCCGCAAAGACGGACAUCCAAUCAGAAGGCGACUCUGCUGUGGUUGCCACGGUGAUGGAGGAAGGCGACGCCGAGCCAGCGGACUCGGACGUGUGUGUGGUGUGCCUGGGAGUUCUACAGCAGUUCUGUGAUGAAGCCUAUGCCAUAAAGAUAUCGGAGGUGGUGAAGGCCAAAAACUACCAGUUUGACACAAUGGUAUUGUCCGUCUCCCUACCGGCCCAGCUGUCUGUCAGAGAGCACUCUUGUUGGCUGCAUGUAAAGAAGGAAGUGAGGGAGAAGUCUAUGUGCCUCGAUAUGGAUGAUGUCAUCCAGGUGAAGGAGGCUUUCAAGUGGACCAUGCAGGGUCUGGUGUCCAAAGAGCUGGGGGGCAUACCUGUGGUGACCAAGAUCAAUCGACAAACUGAACAGUUUGAGGUGGGCGUGGGGUUUACACACCCAGAGACAGACUCAGACUGCCACUUCCUGGCUGGCAUCUGUUCAGACUGCUUCAGACCAACUAAGAACAAACAGAAUGUCUUCACUAGAAUGGCCGUGGUCAAAGCCCUCGAGAAGGUUUCUGAUGAGAAGUUUCUAAAAAAGUUCCCAUGUCCCCCUACAAGGCCAGCGAGCAAAUGCAUCGCUCAAGACGUCCAGUGUCUUCACGUUUCUGUAUUUGUGGCGGGGAGGUACAACAAGUUCUCCCGCACCCUGCCCCAGACCCCCUGGGUGAUUGACGGAGAGAGGAUGAUGGAGUCCUCGGUGGAGGAGCUAAUCGCUGCCCCCCUCCUCUCCUCUUUCCGGGCCGAGGGGUUUAAUUUCUCCUCCUCAGGAAGGGAGGACGUGGAUGUGCGGACACUUGGAAAUGGUCGUCCGUUUGCACUGGAGCUGCUAAAUCCUCACAGAGCCAGGUUCAAUAAGGCAGAGGUCCGACAGCUGCAGGAGACCAUCAACCAGUCCUCUGACAAAAUCCGAGUACGAGAUCUACAGAUCGUAAGCAGAGAUGCUAUGGGCCACAUGAAGGAGGGUGAGGAGGACAAGACCAAGUCGUACACCGCCCUCAUAUGGACCCAGAAAGCCAUCAACAAAGACGACAUCACGUUCUUAGAGGAAACCAAAGAGUUGAAGCUAGCUCAGAAGACGCCACUAAGAGUGUUGCAUCGCAGGCCGCUGGCCGUCAGAGAGCGCGUCAUCCACACCAUGAGUACAUGCUUCCUGGACGCGCAUCACUUCCACCUGAAGCUGCGCACGCAGGCAGGGACUUACAUCAAGGAGUUUGUCCACGGAGACUUUGGUCGCACCAAACCCAAUCUGUGUGAUCUGCUGAAGACUGAGACUGAUAUCCUAGAGCUGGAUGUUGAGUCUGUAGAUGUGGACUGGCCACCCUCCAUCCCGGAGUGAGCCUCGUCUUACUGAUGCUGUUGGGGAUGCCAAAAGGAGCCCUAGUUCUGAUGGGCCAUACCUUCACCAAUUGGACCCCCACCAACUCUGUUUAGCUCAGUUCCACUGAUCUCUAGAUGAUGUGUCAAUAUAUUUGUUUGUUUUUCUUGAGGUCAAUACAGAUGAUUUUGAAAUGACUGAAUCUGUGCAGCACGUGCACUAAGCUGAGGCCUUGAACUGAUCUUAGAUAUACAUGUCUUUGAGAGCCAUAGCAGGGACUGGGUGUGAAUGGCACUGCUGAUGGAUAGAACUACAAUCCAAGUUAAUUGCACCCUGGUGUCCCAAGUCUGAAUUAGUCCCUUAUUAGGAGAGGAUGAAAAGCAGAAGUGGUUCAACCCUCUAGGACAGACAUUGAACAGCCCUUUUAUAGAGCAUCGCGGUAGUAUAUGGUCAGUAUUUUGUGUUUAUUUUCCUCAGUUGAUUUACAGAGGUUUUUGUUCAGCCUUAAAAUCUAUUGUUUACCCAUGGAUUGUCCCAUAGGCAAAAGUAAUGCUAUACUUUUUUGUAUGAAUGAAAAUAUUUGAUUGUGAUGUCUCCCAUCAGCAUAAUGUUCCCCAUUGUACAUCCCAUCCAAAUAAAGGCCUGGGUUAUGUUGUUGUGCACACAAUGGAAUACUUUUUCGAACAGAAAACCAAAAAUGUUGCUUCAUUUUGAACAAGUCCACAACAGUGUUUUAUGUUAAAGGGAAAUUUCAGGAUCUACUGCCCCAGAAUCACAGGAUCUCGUGGAUAACAUUUUGUCUCUUUGUGCCAUUUGAAGGGAGUUGCUAACUAGCGUUAGCACAAUGACUGGAAGUGUAUGGGUAGCAGAUACCCAUAGUUUUCCAGUCACUGCGCUAACACUAGUUAGUAUUGGCUUGUGAAACUACUUCUUGCUUCCUUCAUACUGGAGAGAGAGAAAUGGUAUCAAUGAGUUCAUGUGAUUCUGGGAAAGUAGAUAAAGGCCUCUGCCAAAAUCCCGAAGUAUCCCUUUAAUGUAAGCUCUCAGUCUCAUCAGGAGAGUGACACUAAAGACUUGUGGUGAGCAGAGUCACAGACCUUUGCAUUGUUUAAGACUGGUGCUUUUUGAGGUGUUUAAGUUCAGAGUUUGCCAUUAUGUAAAUGCAAGCCAGGCCCAUUGAGACACUGGUAACUGCCCGUGUAGAUGGAAAAAGAAGGCUGAGCCUUUUGGGUAAAACACAGGAAAAUCUGUCAGUGGAAAUGCGCCAGUAGUUUCUUCCUCCCGGUUUGUUUUGUUUGGUUCCUAAUGAACAUGACCCUGGAUGAGAUCCUUGCUGAACAUUGUUUAGGGAAUUGCUUUCCAAAGGGAACAGAAUCAUUGAAAUAUCAGAAGGGCAAUAAAAAAUUAAAAGAUUUACACCAUGAAAAACCCUGAAAUGUAUUCUUUAAUUUAAUUCAAAAUAAAUACUACCACGGCAAUGCAAGUCCACUAUUGGUUUCUUGCCCUAAUGUUUUGGUAAGAAAACAAACAGGCAAACAAUCAAAAAACAAUUGGAUAAAAAACCGACUUUAGUAAUGCAUCCAACAAUAUCAUCCUUCAGCGACUGAAAGAGAGGUGCCUUUUUGACUCUGAACAAGACUGGGUAACACUGCCUAGAAUGACAAACAUAAAUAAAACUAGUACUAUGGUACAAAAAAAAAAGGGGGGGGGGGGGGGGAAUGGUAACAACCUGAUGUAACCAUAUAUCACUGCAGAAUUGACCAUGGUCCCAUUUGAAAGGGAAAAAUAAAACAUUACAAUGGGUGUCAAUCCAUUCGACCAACAGCGAAAAGAGGUCUCAUCUCCAUGGAAACCUCUUCUGAACAGACAGGUCGAGGCGACGAUGACAGCCACAAAAUGGGAGCUUCCAGCCAGUCUUUAACAUUGUAGUUUACGUUGUUUUAACCCAAAACGUAGCUCUCAGUCUUUCUUUUCCUCCGGUCUUGGUUCUCGUCAGCAAGCUUGAAGUACAGUCACACACAUAAGUUCAUGUCUGGCCAAGACGCCACUAAGAACAAAAAAAGGCAUUGCAUAUUUACAUCACAAAAGGUGUGGGGGGGGGGGGGGGGAACUGCUUUCCUUUUCUCUCUCCAUUCUCAUCCUAUCAUCAUACACAAGUAUAUUCAUGGCUCAGUUUCACAUGAUCUGUGGCCCAACAUGGUUAGAAAUUAUUGAUGCCUUCCGCCCACCUUGUCGAUUUGGGAAGAAAACCAAGGGUAUGUGUGUGUGUGAUUGAUGGGGAGAUAAUGCUUUUUUCUUUUUUUACAGAUACAGUUUUCAUAGUCUGUCACAAGUCAUAUCAGCAGAGCUCAGAGCUGGCUCUGAUGU